AUGUGUCCCCAAGCUGGAUGGGCCUGCAAGGAGUCCGCGGCUGCUCACGUGCUGAUGGUGCCUUUGCUGGUAAUAAAUGUUAUAGGAACUUCAAGGUCAGGGCAGACCCCCCACAGCGGCACUCACUCACCACCUUCCGACAUUGUUCUGAGAAGCAAAGCGAGGGCAGAUAGGCCGCUGGAGGAGAGUACAUUGGCCCCCAAAGGGGAUAAUAUUACAUUGCAGCUUCCCAUGGCGACCUCCGGAGAAGGCAGAAACCUCAGUGGCAGAGCGCCCCCUUGGCCCCUGGCACAGCCACAGGAUCUCGAGCCACGGGUGGCCCGCCGACGCCUGUCCCAGGCCCGCCACCGAGCCACCCUGGCAGGGCUGUUCAGCAGCCUCAGGAAAACGGUUUACUCCCAUUCCGACCUCACAGCCUCGAAGUGGCAGGUUUUGAAUAAGGCGAAGAACCACAUCCAGGAGCUGGAACAAACCUUGGAUAAUCUGCUGAAGCUGAAAGAGUCCUUGAACCUGGAGGAUGGGAAUGCAAAUAGCUUAGAGGAGGUCAAGGCAGAAUAUGCCAGCAUGUACUCUGGCAAUCCCAGCCUGGUCUCAAAUAAGGUUCUGCAGAAAGGUUCUGCCAUCUGGUGCCCAAUCCAGGCAGUCGGGAAGGAUGCUGAAAUGGAGGAAGAGGAGGAAGAGGAGGAGGAAGACCAAGAAGAGGAGGAAGAGGAGGAAGAGGAAGAAGAGGAGGAGGUGGAAGAGAAGAAAGUGGAGCUCUUACACUCCCCAGUCAACUUGCUGCCGGACCUCAUGGAAUUUGAACGGUAUCUCAACUUUUACAAGCAGACGAUGGACCUUCUGAUCGAGAGCGGGAUUGUCUCCUUACACGAGGUGACACUCCCCAUUGUCUCUGCUGCCAUCUCCCACCUGUGGCAAAACCUCUCUGAGGAGAGGAAGGCCAGUCUCCUGCAGGCCUGGGGACAGAGGCACAGCGACCUCCAGGGCCUUGGCGGGGCUUGUCAGGAGCCGGCCUGUGCUGACGGCAGCAUGAAGGACAGUGGGUUUGACAGCCAAGGAGCCAGCUGCUCGCUCGUCUCCACCCCGGAGGAGAUACUCUUUGAAGACGCCUUCGAUGUGGCCAGUUUCCUGGACAAAAACGAGGCUCCCAGUACCUCCAGCUCUAGUUCGGUGUUUGCCAGCCACAUCCCAGAAUAUCCGGAGGAGAAGUUUCAGCUCUACAUGCAGAUCAUUGAUUUUUUUAAAGGCCUUUGCUGUAUUAACCCUCAGUUAAAACAGGUAGGACGGAGCGGAGCGCGAGGAGACCUCGUCUCACCUCCCUUAGGAUGGCGGGAAGGACCCUUGAGGCCUCCCCACCAGCGACCUCACCCUGGGGGCAGACGUCCCUUCGUUCUCUCGGCCUGUCCCGUGGGUGGUGGGCAUCAGCCUGACACAUCUUGGGGGAUGGGUGACAUCCAGGGAAACUGAGGGAAGAGGCACACGGAUGGUCUCCAGGGCAGGACUGAGACAGGGGGUCCCCUGAAGUGUCGACCAGAUCCCAGGGACCUGACUCUUCGUAGGCAUUUGUCAACAUUGUGUGACUCGUUUCCAAGAGGCUACGCUGUCCUGUCGUCUUCUGAGACCCUGAGCUAAUAUUUGCCCUCAGCGUUUGAAGGGUGUUAAUUUCCACUUCCCCAAAGCUGGUUGUGUCUUGAUUAGAAG